AUGAAAAAGAAUAAUAGCAACAUCACCAAUAAUAAUAGAAAAGAAAAUGAUAAACCUAAAAAUAAUAGUAGUAGCAGUAGUUCAAUCUUAAUUGUAUUUUUAAUAUCAUUGUUGGUAGCAUUGUAUACUUUUAAUAAGGAUUUGAAAUUACAUUUUAUAUCAUUGUCAAAUUCAACUAUAAACACUUCUUCUUCUUCUUCUUCUUCUUCAAUGUCAAUCAAACAAUCAUAUGACUUUACAAAAUUAGAUGCACAAGAACAUAUUGAAAUACCAGAACAAUGGUAUUAUUUUGGAUUUGGUGAUUUUGUUGGUAAUCAAGGGAUUCAAAGUAUUGUAAAGGAGGGUGGAUCGGGGUUCCUUAGAAUCGAUUCCAAUCCAUUUACAUUGACUCACCCUUCGGUGUUGGAUCAUGUAAAGUGGCUUGCACUGACAAAGGAGUCGGUCGCUGUGCCCGAGAAUGGAAGUUUGACUUGCUCGUUUAAAGUGAGAGCUAAUACAUUGGGAGCAGACAGACACCCCUUUGGAGACGCAAUCAGAGAUGCAAAGAAUGACCCACGUUUAGCAAUGGGAGUAGUCAACUCGUUGGAUUUCGAGACAAUGUUGGUUGCAGACUUUGCAAUGGCCGGUAACUCAUUGUAUGCCAUCUAUGAAAGAUUGCCAUUUGCCAAGGGUGAUUAUGCGUCUUUUACCUACAUGAUACCAAUAGCUACCGAUAUCGACCCCGCUGCCUUUCUCGAUCUUGCCAUCACAUGGGAUCAUCCAACUAAAACAGUUAGAUGGAUUGUUGGUGGCAAGGUAGUCUAUCAAGUCGAUCGCAUAGGAUACCAAAUAUCUAGAGAGUACGUCGCAGUUGAUCGAGGUGGUGUAGAGGAGCUUGCAUUCCCACGAUCCAUCUCUUGUGGUUUUGGUACCUUUAGUUUAUUGGAUUCUGCAGAGACGUGUCACAUCGACUCGACAUCAUCAUCGAUGUCAUCUAGUCUUGGUAAAAGAUGUCAUAGAUCUAAACAGACAGACACUAGUCUUGUUAGACUUGACCAAAACAAAGAAUCGUCUCGUCCCUAUGUACGUGCUCGUCAUUCUGAUGAUAGUAACCAACAACCAUUUGUCGAUGAACAGUCUCUAGAGUCAUCUCGACUAUUUAAUCAAGGUGCUAUCAUUGAUAUACAAUCUAUUAUUAUUACAACUAACCAACAAUAA